GAUCUUGAAGAAUCCCCAGCUUUGGAUAAGAAAAUUCUGUUGCCAUAGGAUGGAGGUUGUAAAAGGGGACUUGUGUAGGAGUAGGCAUCAAGAGACAGUCCAGCAGCAGGUUCAUGUGGAUCAAAGUCCAGAGGGAGCUCAGCAACUCUGCUCACCAGUACAGAUAAGGCAAGGACGAGAAGAUCUCUCAUCAGCACAGCUGCAACCCCUUGAUCAGCAGCCCCAGGGAAGGGACAAUGUCCAUGUGCAGCUGCGGAAGCAGACAACACGAGGAGGCAUUGCCCCAAAUAUGGGACCACAAGAAACAGACCAGGGGUGGGAGGCCACGGAGGUGACCGUGCAGGUGUGCCCACAGAAGAUGAGCCAAGGUCUGGAGUCUCCAGAGGUGAAUGUGAAUGUGCGACCUCGGAAGCCAAGCCCAAGAUGGGAGGCCCCAUCAGUUACCGUGCAGGUGCAGUUACAGCAGAGUGGCCGAGGGCCAGCUCUCCCGCAAGUAACUGUACAGGUACAGCCACAGGAGCAGGGACAGGGUAUGGCUGGCAUCAAGGUCACUGUGCAGCUGCAGUUGGGACAUGACCAGGAAGAGGCAAUCUGCCUCCAGGACCAAGGUGAGGAAGUGUUAGGGAAUGGAAAGCAGCUUGUUCCAAAGCAAAAUUGGGGAGAGACAAAAGCAAAAUCUGAAGGUGAGAGUGGACUGGCUGUGAUGGAGCGGGUGCCACAGGGGGCUCCGAGCCAAAGGCAGGAUCAAGGAGGAGAGGCGACAAAACCCCAGCAGGACCAGAGCCAAGAAGAGGGAAGAGUAGAAGUGGUGGAGCUGCAGGUUGAAGACAAUAUAGAGCAGGAUGGGAUGGUGACAGAGGAUCAGACUGAGGAUCAGAGCCAAGAGCAGGAACAGCUAAAAGCAGAUCUACCUCCAGAAGAGGAAGGUCAAAGAGCUCCAGAGAGAAAGCAGGAGCAAGGAAAAGUCCAAGAAUGGCCUAAGGGGAAGGUGAAAGACCAGAAGGAAGACCUGGGGCAUGACAUGUCAAAGAAACGUCCACGAGAGACUCCAAAUUAUUUUGUUGCGAUUCCAAUAACAGAUGAUCAGAUUUUGGACCGAAUUGAAGAUGUCCAAGAGCUCAUAUUCACUAAAGAACCUGAUCUGUUGAGAGCUCUUCUUCCUGUUCAAACUAUGCACUUGACUAUAAUAGUAGCUCACCUGGGAACAGAAGAAGAAAUAAAAAAGGCUGUGCUGGCACUGAAGCAAAGCAAGACUAAAGUGGAAGCCAUCUUGCAGGGUAAAGAACUUAAUAUGAUGUUUCAUGGGAUUGGACAGUUUAACAAUCAAGUCAUAUAUGUGAAAAUGUUGGAGGAAGACCAGAAAACACUGAGCAGAAUUGCAGAAGCUGUAGAAGAAUGCUUUGUGGAAAUGAAUCUCGAUGUUUCAGGGAGUAAGGAUUUCAAACCACAUCUUACUUUCCUAAAGCUCUCCAAAGCACCAAGGUUGAAAAGAAAGGGCUUCAAAAAAAUUUGUUCAGAUCUGUAUAAGGAGUAUGAAAACAGCUACUUUGGCACAGAGGUCUUCAGUCAAAUUGACCUCUGUGCCAUGCGUAAGAAGAAGCAGCAAUCUGGUUACUAUUAUUGUGAGUGUUCGAUUAAUGUGGGCUCCAGCAAUACAGAAGAGAGUAAAGAGCAAGAAGUGCAGACAGAUGGGGCAGAAACCAGUGAAGACCUUCCAAACAGUGCUGCAGAGGCUGAAAUAGGAGCAAAUGCUGCAAGCUAUAAGCUUGCCUCAACAGUAGUAGCUGAUGAUAAACCACCUGAAAAUAUUGCUGAGGCUUUGAUUGCAAGUAAAGAAACUGAAAAUGAGAUGGAGGGACAGCCUGAAGCUGCAGAUGGGAUUCUUCUUGCAGCUGGAGAGAUCUGCUCAGAGUCAGUACUUGGUCUGUUGCCAGCAAGUUCAGAUGCAUUGAAAAGCAUGGAAAAGGAACAAGAAAGUGCAGAGAUAACAGAUGGUAGCUUGCAGAAAACUGAAGCAACUGAAUAUGCACCUGAUGAGCCAACAAGUUCCGGAUAAAGCUGUUGCAGUCAUUUGUGAACUGAGCCCAUGCUUGGUGAUGGUGGUGAAGGCCCACAGCCACGGUGGUGCUGAGCUGCAUCAGGCUGAAAUGGAGGGU